GAUAAGGAAGAUGACACGUCACUCUCUGUUAUUGUUUAAUUUUUACAUUACGUGCCCUCCAAUUAACGAAUCGUAUACAGUGACAACACUUCGUCUUUGUCCCAAUAAAUUACCCUUUUUGUCCCUUGAUGGCUCCGAAUUUCCCAAGGCUACAAUCGUCAAUUCACUGCCUUUCUUCUUAGCCUCCCUCAUCGCUUCGAUCCUUUGCGCCCCCAAAAUCAUCCGUUCCUCCCCUUUUCCCGUAAUUCCAUCCGGGUCCCCGCCUGCGCCAUGGCCACCAUAUCGAGCCUCGCCUCCCAUCCAAACCCUAACCCUAAUCCCAAUCUGAUCUCCCCCAUGCUCCAGCCUUACCUCGAGCAGCAGCAGGAGCGCCUCCAGCCCGACACGCCGCCGGACGACGGAGGAUCCCCCUACGAUGCUGUUCCCGACACCGAUGACCGCGAUUCCUCCACCGCCGCCAACAAUAACCCCGCCGUUCUCACCCCCAACCUAAACCCUAGCCCGAUCAAGCUCCUCCACGUCUCUUUCAACCAAGACUACGGCUGCUUCGCCACCGGCACCGACCGGGGUUUCCGAAUCUAUAACUGCGAUCCCUUCCGCGAGAUCUUCCGCCGAGAUUUCGAUGGGAACGGCGGGGGAGUUGGCGCCGUCGAGAUGCUUUUUCGGUGCAAUAUCCUUGCCCUAGUCGGCGGUGGCGAUUCGCCGCAGUAUCCGUUGAAUAAGGUAAUGAUAUGGGACGAUCAUCAGAGCCGGUGUAUUGGGGAGUUGUCCUUCAGGUCUGAAGUGCGCGGGGUUCGACUUCGGAGGGACCGAAUUAUUGUUGUUCUCGAGCAGAAGAUUUUUGUGUACAAUUUCGCGGAUUUAAAGCUGCUGCAUCAAAUUGAGACUAUUGCGAACCCCAAGGGACUCUGCGCAGUGUCGCAGGUUGCGGGAUCGUUUGUGCUGGUUUGUCCUGGGCUGCAGAAGGGGCAGGUUAGGGUGGAACAUUACGCAUCAAAGAGAACUAAAUUCAUCAUGGCUCAUGAUUCCAGAAUUGCGUGCUUCACGCUCUCGCAAGAUGGGAAUCUGCUGGCAACUGCUAGCAGUAAGGGGACGCUUGUUAGGAUAUAUAAUACACACGAUGGAAGUUUGCUGCAGGAGGUUCGAAGGGGUGCGGACAGGGCAGAAAUAUAUAGCGUGGCAUUCUCGCCCACAGCUCAGUGGUUGGCAGUGUCAAGUGAUAAGGGCACUGUUCAUGUUUUCAGCCUUAAGGUUAAUUCUGGGAAUGUUGGAAGCGAGAGGUCAAACAGUCCUCCAGAUACGAACCCUUCAACUGUGACGGCAGGCUCUUCACUGUCUUUCAUUAAAGGAGUCCUUCCGAAAUAUUUCAGCUCAGAGUGGUCAGUGGCUCAGUUCCGUUUACCUGAAGGAUAUCAAUAUAUUGUUGCCUUUGGUCACCAGAAGAAUACAGUGGUAAUUCUUGGCUUGGAUGGAAGCUUCUACCGGUGCAAAUUCGAGCCGGGGAGUGGUGGGGAGAUGACACAGUUGGAGUAUCACAAUUUUCUGAAGCCAGAAGAAGCAUUUUAGCACAAGUAUCAUACUACCCUGCCUCCACUCUAAUGUUUUCCCGCUGCUAAUUUGUGGGUUCGCGAUGACGUUGUAAAUAUCCAAAUGUAAAUGCAACCAACUGAGUGAAACUGCUUAAUCUAUAACCAGUCUAAUAUUGUAAAAAUGGGAAUAAUGACAAUAUCUGCUUCUAUAUUUAUUGCUUUUAUGUCA